AAGCUUCUAUCUCCCCUUUCAUUUUCUUGAAGAAGAAGUUUUUCUCAUUUAUUCUCGUGAAAAGUCGGAGCUCACAAGUCUCUUUACUCUCUCAGAACAGAUCCCUUUCUCUCUCACACACAACACACACGAGAGACACACACACAAUCUGGGGACGGUGAAUUGAUCGGAGAACAUUAUGGCGGCGCCGAUGGUAGAAGACAGCAACUUCGAAGACGACCAGCUCAACUCCAUGUCCACUGACGACAUUGUUAGGGCUUCUCGCCUUCUCGAUAACGAGAUUCGGAUCCUCAAGGAAGAGUUGCAGAGAACGAAUCUAGAAUUGGAUUCCUUCAAGGAGAAGAUUAAGGAGAAUCAAGAGAAAAUUAAGCUCAAUAAGCAGCUUCCUUACUUGGUCGGCAAUAUAGUAGAGAUUUUGGAAAUGAACCCAGAGGAAGAGGCUGAGGAAGAUGGUGCAAAUAUUGACCUUGACUCUCAAAGGAAGGGCAAAUGUGUUGUAUUGAAAACUUCCACUCGCCAAACAAUUUUCCUUCCUGUUGUUGGCCUUGUUGACCCUGAUAAAUUAAAGCCUGGGGAUUUGGUUGGAGUAAAUAAAGAUAGUUACUUGAUCUUGGACACACUACCGUCUGAGUAUGAUUCUCGAGUCAAGGCGAUGGAAGUUGAUGAAAAACCAACUGAAGAUUAUAAUGACAUUGGUGGUCUGGAGAAACAGAUCCAAGAACUUGUUGAAGCCAUUGUUUUGCCUAUGACCCACAAAGAACGGUUUCAGAAGUUGGGAAUUCGUCCACCAAAAGGGGUCCUUUUGUACGGACCUCCUGGAACAGGGAAGACAUUAAUGGCUCGUGCAUGUGCUGCCCAAACAAAUGCUACUUUCCUUAAGCUGGCUGGACCCCAGCUUGUACAGAUGUUCAUUGGAGAUGGAGCAAAGCUUGUCCGUGAUGCUUUCCAGCUUGCAAAGGAAAAAUCUCCUUGUAUAAUCUUUAUUGAUGAGAUUGAUGCCAUUGGUACAAAGCGUUUUGAUAGUGAAGUCAGUGGGGAUAGGGAGGUCCAGAGAACUAUGUUAGAACUGCUUAAUCAGCUUGAUGGUUUUAGCAGCGAUGAUCGGAUAAAGGUGAUAGCGGCGACAAAUCGAGCUGACAUUCUAGACCCUGCCUUGAUGAGAUCUGGUCGACUUGAUCGCAAAAUCGAGUUCCCCCAUCCGUCUGAGGAGGCCAGGGCUCGGAUCUUGCAGAUACACUCCAGAAAGAUGAAUGUUCACCCUGAUGUGAACUUUGAGGAGCUGGCUCGUUCAACAGAUGAUUUCAAUGGGGCACAACUGAAAGCCGUCUGCGUAGAAGCAGGCAUGCUAGCACUGCGGCGCGAUGCCACUGAUGUGAACCAUGAAGACUUUAAUGAAGGUAUCAUCCAAGUUCAAGCAAAGAAGAAAGCCAGCUUAAAUUACUAUGCAUAGAGAUCAUGUGGGUUCGGUGAUUUCAAGCAUUGUGGACGGCAAACGUAGGCUCACGUCAUAACUCCAUUUACUUGGCUGUGCUGCCAUUCUCGUACCCACACUCAUAUUUUUUUCCCUUGGGAAAAUCAAAAGAGAGAGAAAAGUGGAGGAAAGAAAAGAGUGUUCUAAAACUAAAUCAGGAAAACAAGUUUCAGGCGGUAGAUCUUUUUCUUGUACCAACACUAAGCCGUACUGGUUGACAUUUUGAUUUGUAUGUAUUUGAAUGCACAACGCAGUGGAAUAUUUGGGUCGCUGGUGUAACUUCUUUGCUUGUCCCUCCAAGAUUUUGAACCCGGCUUUUAAUAUUGUUCGACGCAUUACUGGGUUGGACUU